AAAGCACCUUAUAAAAUUUAUCUAAAUCACAUAAGAAGAAGAAAGCUUUGACCUUUGAGUGAGUGAGUGAGUGAUGAUGAAGUCACAUAGAUUGUCAGAGCUGAAUGGUGAUGAGGUUCGCAGCCUCAUGGCUCGCCCUCGCAUCGAUUUCUCUUCCGUUUUCGCUCUGGUCAACCCCAUUGUCGACCAAGUUCACAAAAGAGGCGAUGCUGCUGUGAAACAGUAUACUUCAAAAUUUGACAAGGUUGAAUUGGAUAACACUGUUGAAAUUGUCUCCAACCUCCCUGAACCACAGCUUGAUGCGCGUGUGAAGGAAGCAUUUGAUGUCGCCUACAGCAAUAUAUACGCCUUUCAUGCUGCUCAGAGGACACCUGAAAGCCAUGUUGAGAACAUGAAAGGAGUUCAGUGCAAGCGAGUUGCAAGAAGUAUUAAUUCUGUGGGUCUUUAUGUUCCAGGGGGAACUGCUGUAUUACCUUCGACAGCUCUGAUGCUUUCAGUUCCCGCACAGAUUGCUGGAUGUAAAACAAUUGUUCUUGCAACUCCUCCAGCACAAGAUGGCACUAUAUGCAAGGAGGUGAUGUAUUGUGCAAUGAAGGCAGGGGUGACUCAUAUUCUCAAAGCUGGAGGAGCUCAGGCCAUAUCUGCUAUGGCUUGGGGAACGGAAACUUGUCCCAAGGUUGAGAAGAUUUUUGGCCCGGGAAACCAAUAUGUCACAGCUGCAAAAAUGAUAGUACAAAACAGUGAAGCUAUGGUUGCAAUUGACAUGCCAGCAGGUCCAUCUGAAGUUUUGGUCAUUGCUGAUAAGCAUGCAAGUCCUCGUCAUGUAGCUGCCGAUUUACUUUCCCAGGCUGAGCAUGGCCCUGAUAGUCAGGUUGUUCUUGUGAUUGCUGGUGAAGGUGUGGAUGUGAAUGCUAUAGAGGAGGAACUCAGCAAGCAGUUGCAGAGUCUUCCUAGAGGAGAAUUUGCUGCUAAAGCCCUGAGCCACAGCUUUAUUGUAUACGCACGUGAUAUGCACGAGUCAAUCAAUUUCUCGAACUUAUAUGCACCCGAGCAUCUAAUUGUGAAUGUGAAGGAUGCCGAGAAGUGGGAGGGUUUUAUUGAGAAUGCAGGUUCUGUUUUUCUGGGGCCGUGGACACCAGAGAGCGUUGGUGAUUAUGCAAGUGGGACAAAUCAUGUUCUUCCUACUUAUGGUUAUGCAAGAAUGUAUGGUGGUGUUUCAUUGGAUUCUUUCCUAAAGUACAUGACAGUGCAGUCUCUCACAGAAGAAGGUUUGAGAAAACUUGGGCCAUAUGUAGCAACCAUGGCGGAAGUUGAAGGUCUCGAUGCACAUAAACGAGCAGUUACCCUAAGACUUGAGGACAUAGAAGGCAAGCAAGUAUCACCAUGAUAUGAUCAUUUAUGGAUAGUCUACAACUCUUUGCUAGAUAAGAUUAGUUAUUACUCAGGCUUAUGUAGAAUUAGUACCUGAGCAAUUGCCAAUUUUAACUCUGUAACAAUAAUGGGUUUUGAAUUUGAAAUUUUGGUUUUUGAUACAGACCAAUAACAUAUGCUGUUGAACUUAUAAAUGUGUUCAAGCUUUGGGGUUGUUCUAAAACACUAGUGGAUGUCCACUAAUAUUACCAAUGAUUAUGUCUAACUGGUUGGUGAUCUUAGAUCA